GGCGGUUGGGCUGCUUAGUCAUUAGUGGGCAUCCGCGAAAACAGGUGAUGCGGGCUGCGCUCACACCCCCCCAAAAGCUUCCUUCAUGCGCGGGACACCCCUGUGGGUUUUGAGACGCAGAAACGACCAAGACAGCGAGCUACCUGGGAGCCACCCUCGAUAAUUCCAGACUCUUGCAUCUGAUUUCAGUCACCAAGAGUUCAUAGACAAAAUGGCCGCCCCAUCCACCUCCCAGCUUCUCCCUCUAGAACUCAUUGACAAGUGUGUUGGCUCGAGGAUAUGGGUUGUCAUGAAGGGUGACAAGGAGUUCAGCGGCACGCUUCUGGGCUUCGAUGACUACGUCAACAUGGUGCUUGAGGAUGUGACUGAGUUUGACUACUCGGGCAACCACACCAAGCUGUCCAAGAUCUUACUGAAUGGCAACAAUAUCUGCAUGCUGAUUCCUGGUGGAGAGGGUCCUGUGGCGGCCUCGUGAUCACUCGCGCAUCAAGGAGAAUUUACACUGGUACAAGCGGAAGGUAGUGCAAAUCAUGAGGCGCCUAGCAAAUGACAUCAACCUUGCAGACAAACAAAUACACAGGUUCAGACAGCUUGAGAAGGGAGGCCAUACGCAGAUAA